UCCAGCGGGAGACUACGCGUACAGCAUCAUCAAUGGAAUCGUGUUCAACCUACUGGCCUUCCUGGCCCUGGCCUCCCACUGCCGGGCCAUGCUGACGGACCCCGUGAGGGGCCGUGCCCAAAGGAAAUGCCACUAAAGAGUUCAUCGAGAGUUACAGCUGAAGCCCGGCAGGUGGUCUACAAGUGUCCCAAAUGCUGCAGCAUCAAGCCGGACCGAGCCCACCACUGCAGUGUGUGUAAGCGGUGCAUUCGCAAGAUGGACCACCACUGUCCGUGGGUGAACAACUGCGUCGGGGAGAACAACCAGAAAUACUUCGUCCUGUUUACAAUGUACAUAGCUCUCAUUUCCUUGCACGCCCUCAUCAUGGUGGGAUUCCACUUCCUGCACUGCUUCGAAGAAGACUGGACAAAAUGCAGCUCCUUCUCGCCGCCCACCACGGUCAUCCUGCUCAUCCUGCUGUGCUUCGAGGCCCUGCUCUUCCUCAUCUUCACGUCGGUCAUGUUCGGGACGCAGGUGCACUCCAUCUGCACGGACGAGACGGGCAUCGAGCGGCUGAAACGCAAGAACCGACCGCGCGAGGCCAAGGGCAGCUGGAAGUCGGUGAAGGAGGCCUUCGGGGGCGCCCCGUCGCUCGGCUGGCUCAGCCCCUUCUCGGGCCCGUGCCGGCCCCCGCCGCCCCCCGCGCCAGGACCUGAUCCGCCAGCUGUCCUCGCUGUCCGACCUGGACCUGGAGCACGCGCUGCCCGCCCCGCCGCCGUCCUCCCCGUCCUCCUCCUCCCCGUCCUCGGCGGACGCCGCCCGGGACCAGGACUCGGCCGAGGUGAUGGACGAGUAGCCCGCCCCGCGCGGCCCGCCCCGGUGGGGGCGCCCCGGGGUGUCCCGCCCCAGAGUUUUGGUAAAAAUCGACCUUGCCCUCGGCCUCGCCGCCCGGCUUCCCUCUGCGGGCCUCCACUUCCGGUCUCCGGGGACCCCGGCCGGAAGUGA